AUGCUAUCCCAUCAUUCAGGUCAGACUUGCAUUUUGCCAAUAUAUGAUAAAGAAACUGGGAUUUUUUUUCCUGUAAAAGGGCCGGUCUUUUCUUUAUCUCGUCAUUUAAAUUCUUAUUUCUUUAUUUCUUUCUUUCUUUUUUCUUUCUUUCUUUCUUUUUUCUGUCUAUCUAUCUAUCUAUCUAUCUAUCUAUCUAUCUAUCUAUCUAUCUAUCUAUCUAUUCUCAUUCUGUUCAUCUAUCUAUCUAUCUAUCUAUCUAUCUAUUUAUUCUCAUUCUGUUCAUCUAUCUAUCUAUCUAUCUAUCUAUUCUCAUUCUGUUCAUCUAUCUAUUUGUCUUUUAUCAUUCUCUUCAUCUGUCUAUUUAUCUUUUUUCAUUCCGUCUAUCUAUCUAUCUAUCUAUCUAUCUAUCUAUCUAUCAGGCCCAUUCUACAUUUUUUCUUUCUUUCGUCUUAUUGA